UUCAAGCGCACAGACCAAACGUUUUAGACUCACUGGAGUAGAAAGAUCUGGUGAUAAAUCGGUGUAGGGUUUGUGCAGAUGUAGGGUUAGUGUAUCCAGAACUGAAAACGACGAGGAACAUCAUAAAUACAGUAAAGAAGACGUGAGAAGGACCGGUGCACGGAGGACGAAUAGGAAGUAAAAAAAAAAAAAAUAGCACAAGAAAGUUUAUUGCCGAUGUAUGAUGCAUGGAGAGAGUGGGUGGAUGAGUUAGACUGAGCCCACAAUACACAGUGUUUGACGAGAUCUUACUAACCACCGGGAUCAUGUUUAGGAACAGCCUGAAGAUGCUCUUGGGGGGAAAAGCCAACCGGAAGAGUCGUAACAGCAGUGAUGGAAGAAGUGAGGAAGUCAGCGACCUACGGAGUGCCAGCUUAGACCCUCAUCACGGUUUUGCCGGCCAAGGUAGCAGUAUAGACAGUGAGUGUGCCUUUGAGGGAGACUACGACGUGCCUCCUUUUUCCAUGGCUGAAGGACUGCAGCACAUGCGGAUCAUGGAGGGGGUAUCUCGCUCCCUCCCUUCCUCUCCACUUCUCACUCAUCAGACAUUCAAUGUGCGCUUACAGCCAGUGAAGAAGAUCAGCACCGGUUCAGCCACAGCCCCUCUACGGAAGCUUAAGUUUGUGGAGAGCCCUCGCAUACCUGAGUUUGACCUUGGCUCCCCUACACACAUCGCUUCCGCAGCACAGAAUCCCAACCUGGACACACACUCACCUGGGGAAGUAGGUGAGGAGCUUGGCCCCCCUCCUUCAGUGGAUGAGGCUGCCAACACGUUGAUGACUCGCCUUGGCUUCCUGCUCGGAGACAAAAUGAGCGAGGGCCCUCCGGAGCUGCACUACAGCAUGGAGGAGGCUGAGGACACGCAGGGUGUGGGGGUGAGCGGCAGGAUGAGUCCGUGCUCCACUCUGACCAGCAGCACAGCAUCUCCUCCAGCCUGCAGUCCCUGCUCCACUCUCCCUGCUGGAGCUCCAGAACACGCCGUCAGCAGCCCCACCUCCACGCUGGAAAGCAGAGACAGUGGCAUCAUUGCCACCCUGACAAGUUACUCAGAGCCUGCGGAUCGCAGUGCCAAGCAUGGAGAGGGCACUCGUGCCAGCAGCCUCAAACUUUGGCACUCGCAGCGUGCCACACUCGACUCUGGCCUCUACCGCCUUGACGAAAACAUGGCUGCCUCCACCCACAGCCUCAACAAGAUUCCUGAGCCCAGCUCUACCCACCAUUCCUGUCAUCCCACCCCUCUGUACCUCAUGCCACGCCCUAACUCUGUGGCAGCCACCAGUUCGGCUCACCUGGAGGAUUUGGCCUAUCUGGAUGAACAAAGACAUGCUCCACUCCGGACUUCACUGCGCAUGGCGCGCCAAAACAGCAUGGCCGCCGGACGCUCUGGCCAGGAUCUGAGAGUGCGCUUCGCUCCAUACAGGCUCCAGGACAUAGCGUUGAAACCGUUGCUCUUCGAGGUUCCCAGUAUCACGGUGGACUCUGUGUUUACGGGGCGGGAGUGGCUUUUCCAAGAAAUUGAUGCUCAGUUGAGCAGUACGAACCGUGCUACCAACCGAGGCGUGGUGCUUGUUGGCAACAUUGGCUUUGGCAAGACGGCCAUAAUCUCCCGCCUAGUGGCUCUCAGCUGCCACGGCAACCGCAUGAGGCAGAUUGCUUCAGACAGUCCUCAGGCUUCACCCAAACAUGGAGAUGGACUCCCUCUUACACAGCCUCAGCCUUCCCAUGGAACAUUGGGAAGUGGCAGCUGCCCAGGAACUCCAGAGAUGAGGCGAAGACAGGAGGAGGUUAUGAGAAGACUUGCAUCUCAGGUGGUAGCGUAUCACUAUUGUCAGGCUGACAAUGCCUACACUUGCCUGGUGCCAGAGUUCGUGCACAACGUGGCAGCACUGCUGUGCCGCUCACCACAGCUUAACACCUACAGAGAGCUGCUACUGAGGGAACCACACAUUCAGAGCACGCUCAGUCUGCGCUCCUGCGUCCAGGAUCCACUCAGCGCUUUCACACGAGGAGUCCUUGAGCCACUGGAUGCACUUUAUAAAGAGAGGAAAAUGACAGUUGAUGAAGACUUCAUCAUUCUUAUAGAUGGUCUUAAUGAAGCAGAGUUCCACAAGCCUGAUUAUGGUGACACAAUUGUCUCUUUCCUUUGUAAGACCAUCGACAGGUUCCCAGCCUGGCUCAAGCUAGUGGUGACUGUUCGAACCUCAUUGCAGGAUAUCACAAAACCGUUGCCGUUCCACCGUAUCUCUCUGGAUGCCCUGGAGGAGAAUGAUGCCAUUGACCGGGAUCUGCAAGCCUAUGUGCUGCAGCGUGUGCAUGGCAGUGCUGAAAUCCAGAGCAACAUCUCACUCAAUGGUAAGAUGGAUGGCGCUGGCUUUGCCAAACUCAGCUCACACCUGAAGGCCCUCAGUCGUGGCUCAUUCCUCUACCUGAAGCUGACCUUUGACCUGAUUGAGCGUGGCUACCUGGUGUUGAAGAGCUCCGGCUACAAGGUGGUGCCUGUGAGCCUGGCUGAAGUUUACCUGCUGCAGCUGAAUAUGCGCUUUCCCACGCAGUCGUCAUUCGAGCGAGCACUGCCCCUGCUUAAUGUGGCACUGGCGUCGCUGCACCCACUCACCGAUGAACAGAUCUACCAGGCGGUCAAUGCUGGCUCCCUCAGGGCCACGCUCGACUGGGAUGAUUUCCGCCAGAGAAUGGAGCAGCUGGGUGUCUUCUUGGUCAAGAGGCGUGAUGGCACACGUAUGUUCGUGCACCCAUCUUUCCGCGAAUGGCUUAUCUGGAGGGAGGAAGGGGAGAAGACUAAGUUCCUUUGCGAUCCUAGGAAUGGACACACACUGCUGGCUUUCUGGUUCUCCAGACAGGCAAACAAACUCAACAGACAGCAGACUAUAGAGCUAGGACAUCAUAUACUCAAAGCACAUAUAUUUAAGGGCCUGAGUAAGAAGGUGGGGGUCUCCUCGUCCAUUUUGCAGGGGCUGUGGGUGUCUUACAGCACUGAGAGUUUAUCCACUGCUUUAUCUUCCCUGAGAAACCUGUACACCCCUAACAUUAAGGUGUCUCGUCUGCUGAUGAUGGGAGGGGCAAACGUUAAUUACCGGACAGAGGUGUUGAACAAUGCACCAGUGCUGUGUGUGCAUGCUCACUUGGGCUACAUGGACAUGGUGAACCUGCUACUAGAGUUUGGGGCCAACAUGGACUCAGCAUCAGAGAGUGGCAUGACAGCACUGAGCUAUGCUGCCACCGCGGGACACCUGAGCAUCGUCACUGCCCUCUGCAAGAGAAGGGCUAAGCUUGACCAGCUGGACAGGAACGGCCAGUGUGCUCUGGUACAUGCAGCUCUAAGGGGCCACAUGGAGGUGGUGAAGUUUCUGCUACACAGCGACUGGGGAGGUGAGGGAGCAAAGACCACACAGCUUCACACUCCCUCUCCCACCAAACCAUGUGACUCCCCACAGCUGUCCAGCCCAGAGCAGCAGGAGAAAGAGCAGGAGAAAGAGGGAGAGGAGACACCACAGGAGAAGGAGAGAGAGACAGAGCUCCCUGCUGAGAAGAAGGACACCAAGGAGGAUUUGGAGAAAAAACACCAGGAAGCUCAGCCUCAACAGCAGCAUGAAGCCUUCAGGAAGAGUCAUGCAAUACAGCAGGCUCUGGUAGCAGCAGCUAGUAUGGGGCAUAUAGAGAUUGUGUCCUACCUGCUGGAUCUUCCCGAGAAAGAAAAAGAGGCUACAGAGUAUGCUCAGAUGAACAGCUAUGACACUCUGUGGGGGGAAACAGCACUGACUGCAGCAGCGGGACGGGGAAAGCUAGAUGUUUGCCGGAUGCUGCUGGAGCAAGGCUGUGCAGUAUCUCAGCCAAACCGCAGAGGUGUCGUGCCUCUCUUUAGCUCUGUGAGCCAAGGACAUUGGCAGAUUGUGGACUUGUUGCUGACUCAUGGAGCAGACAUAAACAUGGUAGAUAAACAGGGCCGAACUCCCCUGAUGAUGGCCGCCUCUGAGGGCCACAUAGAAACCGUGGAGUACCUGCUGGCUCAAGGUGCGUCCAUGCCCAUAACAGAUAAAGAAGGUCUUACUGCGCUAAGCUGGGCCUGUCUAAAGGGACAUUUGCCUGUGGUUCGCUGUCUGGUGGAAAGGGGUGCAGCCACUGAUCAUGCAGAUAAGAAUGGGCGCACGCCUCUUGACCUGGCUGCCUUUUAUGGAGACGCAGAUGUUGUGCAGUUUCUUGUUGAUCAAGGUGCUUUGAUUGAGCAUGUGGACUAUAGUGGGAUGCGUCCACUGGACCGGGCUGUGGGCUGCCGCAACACAUCAGUGGUGAUGGCUCUUCUCAAGAAAGGAGCUAAGAUUGGUCCGGCUACAUGGGCAAUGGCAACCUCAAAACCAGAUAUCAUGAUGAUCCUGCUGAGAAAACUAAUUGAAGAAGGGGAUGGUUUCUACAAGAAAGGCAAAGUGAAAGAAGCAGCACAACGUUAUCAGUAUGCUUUAAAGAAGUUUCCUCGUGAAGGCUUCAGUGAAGAUCUGAAGGCCUUUCGAGAGCUCAAAGUAUCUCUGUUUCUCAACUUAUCUCGUUGCCGCAGGAAAAUGAAUGACUUUGGAAUGGCAGAAGAGUUUGCUACCAAAGCUCUAGAGCUGAAACCCAAAUCCUAUGAGGCAUACUAUGCUAGAGCCCGAGCUAAACGCAGCAGCAGACAAUUUUCUGAAGCUCUAGAGGACCUCAGGGAAGCCAUAAAGCUGUGUCCCAACAAUCGUGAGAUUGUGCGUCUCUUGCAGCGUGUGGAGGAAGAAUGCAGGCGAGUCACCCAGACAGAGGAACCUGAACUUGAGCCCCCACCAUCCCCACCACCAUCCCCUUUACCUGUGGAGGAAGAAGAGGAGCCACCUCAUCAUACUCCACCCCCAGAACCACGACUGGAUGACAUGGAACCUGUGCAAGAUCUUUUUGAGGAUGAUGACUUUCUGGAACAGGAGCUGGAGGGCAUGUCUAUUGGCCUUCCUCCUGAACACAUCAAUCCAUCCAGCCUCCAAAUUGUCCACAGCCCACCUCUCUCUCCUGUUCCUCUAUCAGGAGGCCAAGCCUUUGAGUUCCACCCAAGCUCCUCUUCACUGUCAUCUCCAACUCGCCAAAGCUACCAAUCAACCUCACCUUGUGUCUCUCCCACACACCAGAAUUCCCAUUACCGCCAUAGUCCUCCACACACUUCUCCUGCCCAUCAAGCUUCCUACCGCUUCAGCCCUCCACCUAUGGGUAGUGGAAGUCAGGGGAUAGACUACCAGAGUCCCCCACCUUCCCCUCUUCGUCGCACAGCACCAUACAGAGCCAGCCCCCCCUUGGAGAGUGUGUGUCUCUACCGUUCCCAGUCAGGAUCUCCAGUCCGGUAUCAGCAGGAGCCUUUGCCCAGUCGCCCCAAAUCACCCCUAUCUAAGAUGAGCAGUCAACGCUCUUUUCAGCUCCAGUCACAGCCAUCCCAGUGCUCCCAAUCCUCCCAACACCACCAAGCCCAGGGCCUCCGACUGCAGCCUUCUGUGGCCCAGAUUGUACGCACCAACCAGCCAGGGAGUGGCAUCUAUAGCCAAUUGGCCCACCCACUCAGCAGCAGGUACCAGGGCAGCUCCAUUGACAUAGACCGGGAAAGAGAGCGGGAGGCCCGGCUGGUGUACCAGCCCUCCUUGGAUGGAAGGUCCAUCUCUCAGGUACAGUCCAGUCUGAGUGUGGGUGCUCUAUGUAAGCAUGGAGGGCGAGGUGGGCCUGGAGGAGUACUCGAAUCUGGAGUGGGGAAAGAUGAAGUGCCUCAGCGCCCUGCCUCAGCCUACCGCUCUGCAACCGGAGGUCCGGGAGGAAUGCGCUUUAGCCAGACACCUCAAAUUAGCCGCAGCCAAUCUGCAGCAUACUACCCCGUCUCAAAGCAUGAGCUGGAGAGAGCUGCUGCAGCAUCUUCCAUGUCUCCAUGCCAGCUAGGUUCACCGGAGAUCCCACAUCUGGUGCGUCGGCCCAUCAGUGCAAACACGGGCGAUCUGAAACCACACAUGUCCACCCCUAGACCCCUAAUCCACUCUCAGAGUGUGGGUCUGCGAUUUUCCCCCUCCAGCAGCAAUAUCUCCUCAGGCUCUGGUCCUAAUCUAGCUUCUGGCUUUAGGCCUUCCUCAUCCAUGGCCCAGAUGGAGAUCCCCCUACAGGUGGCAUAUGAACGCAGCUUUGAUGAGCCAUCCUCACUCUCGCCCUCACAGAGUGGCCUGUACCCCAGCGAGCCAGCCCGAUCUCGGACAACACCCUUUAUGGGCGUUAUUGACAAGACAGCACGGACUCAGCAGCAGUACUUGCACCAGCCUUCUCGCGCAUGGCCAGUCACAUCUUUGGACAAUGUCAUCACAAGCCCUACAUCACCAGGGAACCUGAUUCACCAGGCAUCUACAGCCUCCUCCUACAGCCCACCCACCUCAUUAGGAAACAUUGCCUAUUACAACAAGACCAACAAUGCCCAAAAUGGCCACAUGCUGGAGGAUGAGUACUAUAACCAGCCACAGCCCUCAUCCCUAGGCAAGCUGGCAAACGGAGGAGCCCGUGACAGGGACCUCCUGGAGCGGGUCAGUCAGGUGCCGACAUACCAGGAUGUGAAGGUGGCACGGACAAUGCCCGUGGCACAGGCGUACCAGGAAAACAUGUACCGCCAGCUCUCUCGUGAUGCCAGGCAAGGCCCCACCUCACCCAUUAAACCAAAGAGACCCUUUGUGGAAUCAAACGUGUAACAAGGCCAGUAGAGUGUAAUGGAUGUGUGAUAAGGAGUGAGUGUGUGUUUAAAUGUGGUGGUGGUCCAAUGUAUUAAAAUAACUAGAAAAUGUCAUUUUUUGAAACUCCACUAACCCAGGGAGGGUAAUGUUGAUAUAUUGAAACUCAAUGAAAGAAAUUGCUAAUGCCUGGAUCUGUGCCUGCUUCUGGUAUACUUGAGGCAUAAGCUUUAGUGCGAGAAGACCUGAGACACUUGGACUUAGAAUUCCAUGAAUAUGAUACUACUGAAUGUUCUUUAAAGCUCUGCACAUUAUGUGAAAGCACAUUUUGAACCUUCCCUGAAUUGAAGCAACAAACAUGAGUGCACACACGCAGCUUGAAGAACAGUGUGUGUCUUGCAGUUAUUAUCCCACAAGUGUGAGUGAGCAUCAUGAGCAAGAAUGUGUGAAUCACGGCCUGUUCAUGAAUUUAAAUGCUUAAAUCGUUUCCUCUCUUCAGUAGGCAAUUCCAAACAGGACUGCUAGGCCUUCCAGAGUAUAUAAUGUUGGAUUAUUCAAUGCUGUUUAAUAAAAAAUAAUAAAUAAAUAAAAAAAGCUGUAGUUACAGAAGGAACACAAAGGAAUAUUUAUACCCGAGUUCGAUAAUGUACAAAUCAAAGCAUAAACUUAGUUUCUGUGUUUGCUUUAUUUUAAGUUAUCUUUAUUUUUGUAUCUUUUUUGGCAGGAGAAAUGGUACAUAAUAUUUUCGAAAAUGCAGAUUCAAAGUCUAUGGAUUUAGAGACGGGAAUGUACAAACUUUCAGCACACUGUUGUUCAAAAGCUUACAAGAGUUAUAUCCUCAUUUUUACAAUAACCCCAUUUUCAUACUUAAGAAAUGGCUUUCUAGAAAAAAAAAACCUGGAUAGAGAAUACAUUAUAGCUGUAAUGCAGACUGAAUCAGAAGUGAUCAUGAGUUCAUUUUGUUUUUAGAGCAAUCACUGAAAAGGCUGAUGAACAGUCGUACAUCUUUUUUUAAUGAACUGAAACAUUUAUGUAAAUUGGAUCAUCAAAGUUUGUACAUGCUCUGCUCCAUAUAUAUAAAAAAGAUGUUUCAGGGGUGUUGAAUAAUUGAUGGU